AUGGCCUAUAGAAGUACUCGAUUAAUUAACAUCGAUGGUAUUUUACCUCCUACAAUAUGCAUUUCGCACUGCACAUGUAUCAGCGACCAGUACGUGAAAAAAGGUGGACAAUGCAUUAAACAAGAUGGUCUUGCGAAGGAAAAACAGCAGCUUCCCGUAGAGUUAACAACAAUAAAGGCGUGCGCCGGACGAGUCUGUGCACUUGACGAAACAAUCUCGGAUGUUCUGUGCUCAUUAACAGACCGGAAAUGUGGUCUGAACAUGGCGUUUAAAACUAUAGGUCAACCAUUACACAUGGGCGACAAUCUGCUAAUUUUUAAGAAAUGUAUUCAACAAUGCACUUGUGUCAGCAAUGAAUAUGUGAAAAAAGAUGGACAAUGCAUUGAACAAAACAGUGUUCCUAAUCGGAAACGAAACUGA